AUGAGGGGUCCUGCUGUGAGAUGGUGGGAAAGUGCUUUGACUCUUAUGACCAAUCAAGGAGUACCUAGGGAUUGGGUGCAUUUUAAGGCUACUUUUCUGGAUAAGUAUUUUCCUAGCUCUGUGAGGACUCAGAAAGAGUUUGAGUUUCAGCAGCUUAGACAAGAUACUAUGUCAGUAGCUAUGUAUGCUGAAAAGUUUGAAGAUAUGGCUACUUAUUUUUUACAGGCCGUGUAUGCACCAGAUGAAAAGUGGAAGGUCGAUCAGUUCCUUUUUGGUUUAAGAGGUGAAAUUUCUCAUUGUGUUUCUCAGAGAGAAUUCACUACUUAUGUUGAAUUGCUAAGGCAAUGUUAUGUGGAUGAGAACAGUUUGAAGAAAGUUCAGGAAGAAAGAGAUCAGUAUAGAAUUGGACAGAAGGACCAGGGAAGGCCAGGUAACCAGUUUAGGCCUAGACCUCAAUCUUUCAAAGGAAAACAAGUGCAACAUGCAAGACCUAACCAUCCUUCACAAUGUCAAGUAUGUAAGAAGUCUCAUUUUGGAAGAUGUGUUGGAAGUGUGAUUAGGUGUUUUACUUGUCAGAAGGAGUGA